AUUCAUUCUUGCUUCCGACUGUCACCGUCACUCCUUCAUCAACAACUUGUCGACCACCCAUGAACCGCGCGAGCAGACGCAAAGCAGCGCACCCUCCUGUACAAAAGGCUGCUGCUGAGGACUCUCCGCUCCCCGAGGCGGCCGCCCGCGCAGGCGCCAACUUGCAGGCCCUCGCAGCGAAGUACAAGAACAGACUCGAAUCCGGCGACAAACCCAGUGCAUCGGACGCGAGUCUGCACGUGUCCUUCGGGCGCUAUACCGCGCAGGUUGGAGCGCAUACGUCUCUCUUACUGUUUGCAGCGCUCUUUUUGCCGCGAAUAGAGUUGCCUGAGCAUAGCCAACCGUCGGGUAGUUCCCCGCGCUGGGGAUGGGUAGAGACCAUCCUGCCCCCGCCCCCGGCGCAGACGUCGCUGGACAAGCCGACGCAUCCAUUCUUGGUGCCUCUGGUUGUGAAUCCGACGUGGACGCUGGUGUGGAUGUGUCUGGGGGCUGCGGUCCUGCAGCUGUGGUGGGCGGGGUUCAUGAAGAAUUGGUGGACUGAGUACACUAACAGUGAAAAUGAUGAGUACGACAAGGCAAUGGCCAAGACUGCGCACGACAAGGUUGCGUGGAGUGCCUCCGUCGACGCGCUGAAGACGACGUUAUUGUUUUCCGUCUUCAUUCAUACUAUUAUAGUAUUCUUUGGCGCGCCCUUCUUCAGCCACGCGGUCAACACCUACCUUCUCUCUCUCUUGGUCUCCUUACUGACCGUCCUGGUCCCUGCAUACGUGCUCGGCUCGCCAGUCACGGUCCAAUCCUUGACUUCGAUCGCAUGGCCCAAGUCACAAACGAGUGACGCACAAGCGAAGGAGCAACGGAAAGAGGAAACGCGUCGUAUGGUCAUUCGCUUCAGCUGGUUGAGGUUGUUCGUCGAAUCUGAGUCGAAAACCGCUAUCGAACGCGCGCUCGCCAUCCCGCCCUUUGGGGCAGUACUUGGAGCCUGGCUAGGCUCUAUCGCACUGGCCCUUGAUUGGGACCGCAGCUGGCAGGCCUACCCACUACCGCCUGCCUACGGCGCCGUUGUGGGAUACGUCCUGGCCUCUGUCGGCGCGGUCAUCUUCGUCGAUACGACUAGCGAGUGAUCGUAUUGAAUUGAUGGUGGUUGUGCUGAAAUAAUGAAGUUCGCGUCUAAUUGAUUGAAACUAUUCAAGAUCAUGUCAACCACAUGAAGAUACUGCCUCGAGAUGGUGACUUGUCGACGGAUGGCUCCGGUAUGGGCUGUCUCCCUCUCAGUACAUAUUGCACUUCUUCGAGCGCUUCGCCUGACGACACCCCGCUCAAUAUUCGUCGACGGAGCGGCCGAACAAUUUCUCGCGCUCCAGACCACUCGCCUUGGGAACACCCUGCUCAUCCAAUAUCCCAUCCGCGAUCAAGAAACCUUGGUCCUUCUACUCGCCCUGAGGCUGACAGCGCCUGCCAUCCUUGUUGAUCCUGCGUCGCUCUGGGUCAGGACAUGGACGGAGUUUGUUGACCAGUCCUCCCGGGGACCUGGACAUCGUCGGGUACCUCGGAACGCGCAAGGCACAUCAAGGAUCGCUCGA